AUGGAGACCAACAACAUCUCACACCUCUCCUCCGACUGUGCUACUUUCAGCCUUGUGACUGUAGAUGUGGCUGUCUCGUACCUCUUCUUCUUCCUGUUCCCCAUUGCGUUACUGCUCAACGGGGUAGCAGCGUGGGUGUCUUUGCACCUCCGCUCCACCUCUACCUUCAUCGUGUAUCUUAAAAACAUGGUGGCUGCUGACCUGCUCAUGACUCUGACACUCCCUCUGAAGGCGGCCAGCAUGCUUCCUGGAGCAACACUUGAGCUGAGGGCGUUUGCCUGCCGUUACUCUGAUGUCAUUUUCUACUGCUGCAUGUACACAAGCAUUGCUUUAAUGGGUGUCAUCAGCCUGGACCGGUUCUUCAAAAUUGUUAGACCAUGUGGAAAGUUGCUAGGACAGAAUGUAUCAUUCAGUAUUGUGAUGUCCGCCUUGGUUUGGGUGGUGAUAUUUGGCAGCACAGCGAUCCCAACCAUCAUUCUAACUAACCAGGAUCCUAUUAAUAUGACAGGGAAUUUUUGUAUGUCCCUGAAAAGCCCAGUGGGAUUGAAACUUCACAAGUGUGUGGUUGUAUGUAUGGAGAUUCUUUUCUGGCUUAUCAGCAUAUUGAUUGUGUUUUGCUACAUGUGCAUCACCAUGAAAGUCCUGCAGUCCUUCAGAAACUCUGGGAGCAACAACAGCCAAGGGAAGAAGAAAACCAAACUCAGAGUCUUCUUGAUCCUCCUUGUGUUUUUUGUGUGUUUUGUGCCUCUCCACAUAUUGCGCAUUCCUUUUACACUGUAUGAAAUCUUUAACGUUAAGGUGUGCACUGAAAGGUGGUUGGUGAUAGUUCAUCACUUGGCCCUGUGGGUGUCUACCACCAAUGCCUGUCUGGACCCUUUUCUCUACAUCUAUCUGUGUAGGGAGUACAGAGUCAAACUGGCUGACAUGGUGAAAGCUAGAGGGAUCUGUGUUGGGUUACAUUCAGGUGAAAAUGAGGAUGAUUGA